AUGGCAUCCCUUGCACGCAUCUCGAGGGCACUCAACCCCGCCACCCGCAUCCGCCUCUCGCCCUCAUGGGCAGCACGCCGCACAUUCACCACCCCCGCCAACAGCGGAGCCGCCAACCAGGCAUCAAAGGGCAUCGCUGCCGAGGCUCUCGCUCAAAAAACCGGACACGCGCCUACACUGGCCACAGCGCCCAAGGGAAAGAACAAGCCCUCAAAGAUCGGAAAGACCCCUACUAGCAACGCUGUCAAGGCUCUCUACGGCCUUCUCGGAACAACAGCUCUCGGAUUCACUUACUACGUUGGACGCCCCUACGAGGACGAGGAAGGAGUCAGGGACGCUGAGAGGCACGCUGACGAGAACUUUUUGGCAGGAUUUAUCCGCAGAGCUCAGGAGCGUUACCAUUCAACACGCGACAGCAUGUCGAACCCCAUCUGGGACAAACUCUUGCCCGAUCCCCUUCCCGCACCCUACCAGCAGCCCUACACCCUUGUUAUCAACCUCGACAAUACCCUUAUCCAUUCGACCUGGGACAAGGAUUACGGCUGGAGAGUCGCCAAGCGUCCCGGCGCAGAAUAUUUCCUCGCCUACCUCUUCCAGCACUAUGAGAUUGUCAUCUUUACCACCCAGAACUCGGAUACCGCUAUGCGUAUCUUGGAAAAGUUGGAUCCUUACCAGUAUGCCCCCUACCGUUUGUACAAGGAGAGUACUCGCUAUAUUGAUGGAAAGCACGUCAAGGAUUUGUCGCAUUUGAACAGAGACUUGUCCAAGGUCAUCAUCAUGGACUCGAACCCUGAUGCCUACUCUCUCCAGCCCGAGAACUCGAUCGCUAUGAAGCCAUGGAUGGGUGAUCCCAACGAUACCGAGUUGGUUGCCAUGAUUCCCUUCCUUGAGACUCUCGCAUUGACGGAGGUUGAGGACGUUCGUGGACCAUUGAGCAAGUUCCGUGGCACCAACAUUCCUGUCGAGUUUGCCAAGUGGGAGGAGGAUCUCAAGGAACAGAUGCGUCUCCAGUGGGAGGAGGAGCAGAAGAGCAAGAAGGGUAAGGGCGGAUUUGGAAUGUUCCGUGUUGGCGGCCAGCAGGCUGAGCAGCCACCUGUGCCCAUCUUCGAGGCUCAGCGUCAACAAUUCCAGGAGCACUUUAAGCGCACACACAAGGCAGUUGAGGAAGAGGCAGCUGAGAAUCUGAAGAAGCAGAAGGAGUUGGAGGAGAAGAUUAAGCAGAUGCGUGUCAGUGUCUGGGAUAUCCUUACCAAGGGUGGACCUGAUCCAGCUGCAUUGGCAGCGUUGACUAACCCAGAGGCUACCGAGGCCGAGGGCGAGACUUCUCCAGCACCCACCUCGUCCGCCUAA